AUGGCUGAUGAAGAGGGUAGCGGCGAGUCUGCGCUGAAGGCGCACCGCUGGGAGACGACAUCCAACGCCCCGGCACCGACGCCAACGUCGUCACGGUGGGGCGCCGGCACACCGCGCCAGCGCGGCGGCGAUACGCCAAAGAUGAUCGUCAACGCAGAGCUCUCGGCGUGGCGUGGCCACUCCACACCGACACCCAGCGCGUACAUCGUCGAUUCCGUCAGGACACCGAUGAUGCGCGGGCAGGGUGGGCAAACACCAACGGUCGGCGGGCAGACACCGACGUUUGGCGGGCAGACGCCGACGUUUGGCGGCACGACGCCGAUGUUUGGCGGCACGACGCCGAUGUUCGCCGGCGCCACGCCGGCGGCAGGUUUGGCGUUCGGUGCCACACCAAAUUAUCAGUUCGAGGGCUCCACGCCGGUUCAGUCACGCUUCGCUGGGAUGGAAUCGCAGUCGGCCAUCACCGCCAAUAUUGAGGCGCAGGCGCGAAGGCUGGAGAUACAGUGGCGUAUGAAAAACAAGCGACUGACGGAGGAGCACUUGGAUGCCAUUCUCCCACCUGAGUUUAAACUCGUGGAACCGCCGGCCGACUACAACCCGCCGCCGCCAGAGGAGCCGAAUUUCUACGAACUCGCCAGCAAGUCGCUAGAUGUCUUUGUGCUGAGUCAGGGCAACGAUGCGGCGGCGGCUGUCACAUAUGAUAUUCCGGAGAGUCUUGGAGACGACAUGCCACCGAUGAAGCCGCAGGAUGCACCUGUGUUCGAGGUACUGCUGAAAUAUCACAACGUGAAUCCUAUCCCCGUAGAGGUGCUGCCAUCGUAUCUGCUCAUGAAGAACCUCUUUAAGAUCAAGAAUGGUGACACCAAUCAACGGCGUGUUGCUAUGAGGUUCCUACUGGACAAGGCCCGUAUCUUUGGCAGGGAACCACUCUUUCAAUUUACGUUUCACGUCUGGCGAUCGGGAAUUCUUGAACUCCAGGAGCAGCACUACUUUGUGGACUUUGUGAAGGGUGUGAUUGCACGGCUGCAGAAGGAGGUGCGUGGCUCCACCAAGGAGAUUGUGCACAUGAUGGAGGUGCUGCUUUCUGCCCAGGAAACGGCUGUGCGGGAGGAUGGCAAGGAAGUUCUCGCGUUGCUGACACGUGUGGUGGGCUACGAGGCAGUGUUUGAGGCCAUAAAGGAGGACUUUGCGCACGUUGAGAAUGGCGUGCGGCGUCACACCGCAAAGGUGGUUGCUAUUGUCGGUUACGCUGUGGGUUCGCAGAUGGCGCUGCAGAUCAUCCAUGGUAUGUCUCUCUCGCCUGUAGCGUUGGCACGACAAACUUCCGCCCGCGCCAUCACUGAACUGGCGUCCAUUCUCAUGCACGCUAUUACUGGCGAUUUGGUGGAGCUCGUGCCCAUCUUUGAGAAACUGCUUCGCGAUGAGCCGCGCGUGAAGCGUGAAGCCGCCAACGCGCUUGCCCACGUUGCGGGUGCUACUUAUCCGUACGGCAUUGAAGAACUCGAGUCGUUGGUACUCAUUGUGCGCGAGGAGUGUAAGCGCGGCAUCGGCAGCACCGCCGGACCGUUUGUGCGUGCAUUCGGUUCGCUUGUCCCACUCAUGGCACCCUACGACGCACAGAAGUACACCUCCGACAUGAUGCCGACACUGGUGAACCAAUUUAACACCCCAGAGGACGAGCACCGUCGUGUGCUGCUACAGGUGGUGCGACAGUGCGUCUCUGCUGAUGGUGUCACAGCGAAUUUUAUUCGCGAUGUUAUUUUGAAGCCAUUCUUCGACGGAUUUUGGUCGAUUCGCCGCGUCGCUGCAGAGCGCAAGACAGCUGCCGCCCUCAUUGAGACAACCGUGUCAAUUUCCAAGAAACUUGGCAGCACAGAGAUCCUGCAGUACCUUGUACAGGACAUGAAGGACGAGAACGAGCACUUUCAGCGCAUGGUGAUUGAUACAGUGCGGCGCGUCAUACGGGCGGUUGGGACGCUUGGCGUUCCGGACACACUCGUCGCCCUGCUGCUCGAUGGUGCGAUUGCUGCGGUAAAGCAGGACGAGACUGGCCUGAACCGUGUGGUGCUGGAGGGCCUCGCGGCUAUCUGCAACUCGCUCGGGGUGCGGCUGAAGCGGUACCUGCGGCAGGUGUUCGAUCUCAUCAAGAGCCGCCGUGACAUGCCAGGGAUGAUACGCAUGCAGGCAGCAGAGCUCGCGGCACGCAUCGCCCACACUGUGAAGGAGGCUGACGGCGUGCUGUUCCUUCAGGACCUCGGUCGCAGCCUCUUCGAUCGCCUAGAGGAUGAUGAAGCUGCUGUGAUGAGCGCCAACCUCAAAGCAACACGUGCAAUUUUGGUGGAAUUGGGUGCUGCAAAGUACCAGCCGUCUGUGCGGGAACUAUUAAAGAAGCUGACGUACAUUAUUCGAAAUCGCAACAGUAAUGUGCAGUUAAACACUAUUCUGCUCGUUGAAGAGAUUGCGACGAACUGUGACGAGGACGUGGAGGCGAUUCACCUGCAGGAUUUGGCAACCAAGGGAUUGUUUGAACUGCUCGACGCGGAUCGUCGCGAGACGCGUCGUGCGUGCACCCGAACAUUUGGUGUCAUCGCUCAGAAGAUUCGUCCCUUCGCCAUUAUCCUCGAGCUUGUGGAUAACUUCAAGCAGGAUAAGCGUAAGAUUCGUAUCUGCACUGCUGUUGCGUUGGGAGCCAUUGCACGUGAAUGUGGUCCUUUUACCGUUAUUCCAUACCUGUUGAACGAGUACAAGGUCAGUGAAGGUGAGCAGGUGGCGACGAUUGUGCAGCAUUCAGUGCUAAAGGCGAUUCGAUACAUUUUCGAGGCGAUUGGAGCAGUAGGGAAAGAGUUUGUGUAUCCGCUCAUACCACUACUAGUGCGGGCCCUCACUGAGACAGACAUUCAACACCGCCGUAUGGCUGUGGAGGCGUGCCGCGCAAUUGUCAUGGCCGUGGCGGGCAACGAUGGGUUUGAAGAGGUUGUAGUUCACUUCCUCAACUUUAUUCACCCGAACAUCGUGGAGCUUCUCUCGCGAAAUGAGACGAAGGUCGGCGAGGAGCGGCUUAAGAUGAUUACAGCCGUUGUUGGCUUCUAUGAGGCCGCACGUCUGGUGCUGGGGUCUGGCAAGAUGCUGCAGUAUCUUCUUCAGGGCCUGUUUCACCCGGCAAAGAAGGUGCGGGACAUCUACAGGAGAACGUACAACAUGAUUUACGUUGCGAGUCCAGAUGCACUGGUGCCGUACUACCCCAGCAUCGAGGAUGACACCAAGCACACAUACAGGCGGCAUGAGCUCGAGGUUCUGCUGUAA